AUGUCGUUUAUCGGGUUGGACAAGAAGAGGAAAUCAGUUGUGUGCAAAUGCAUCCCAUUGACCAAAGUGGCCAGCUCUAGAUACCUUCGCAGUUGCGUGAAGCCGUGUGCGGGCGAUUACAACAUCAGGCACCCAGUUCUUUACGAACUGUCGAGCAAGUAUGGAGUGGCUGGCAGUGACCAGGUGCCCUUGCCGGCGCGUCUUGACGUGCUGCGAGAACACAUACGCCGAGAAAUACGCAAGGAGCUGAAAAUAAAGGCUGGUGCGGAGAAGCUGAGGGAGGUCGCGACCGAUCGCAAGUCGCUCUCGGAUGUCGCGACUAUUGUGAAGAAGGCGAACAGCAAGCUGAACGAGCUCCAAGCGGAGCUCCAGCAGCUCGAGAGUCAAAUUAUACUGACGCAGGGCCAGCCUCAAUCACCGCAGCAGAAUCACUCCAACGGUCAAGACACGCCUCUAUCACCGAUGGGGCCUUCGUCGCCGAGUCAGGAAGGUCUAUUCACGGAUCUUCGACUUCUGUCCUUGGAGAAGCAGCUCAAUAUCGAACUAAAGGUCAAGCAAGGUGCUGAAAACAUGAUUCAGAGUUUAACGAGUGGCCAUCGCGAUAAGAAAUUGCUACAGGAGGCUCAACAAAUGCUAGAUGAUUCCCGCGCCAAAAUCGAGUUCCUACGUAUGCGGAUUAUGAAGGUGCGCCAGGCACGGCAGCAGCAACAGCGAGGCGAUGCACCACCACCGAAUGGUGAAACAACUAGUAAUAAAGACAGGUACGAGCCCAGCUUGGAGCUCGCAUUGGAGGAGAGGGUGGAGGAGCUGCGGCAUCGAUUACGAAUAGAAGCAGCUGUCGUAGAAGGUGCCAAGAACGUGAUACGUCUUCUACAAAGUGCCAAAGUUGCUGAUAAGAAGGCCCUAACUGAGGCGCAAGCAAGCCUCGCGGAAUCCAGUAGAAAAUUGGACUUACUCAGAUUGUCCCUCGAGCUCAGAAGGCAAGAGCUACCUCCCGACAGUGGUACCGCAGCUCAAUUAAAGAGAGAAUUAGCUAGCGUUCAGUCGGCUAGUCCAGUUCCUGUUACAUAUACAUCAUUACAACCGUUUCGCGGUCCUUUAGAGGGUAAAGCUACUGUACCAGCUUCAGUAUCGAGAUGCGCAGCUGUCACAGGACAAUUAGAGGUAAGAUUAAUGGGAUGUCAAGACUUAGCGGAAGAAGUGCCUGGGCGUACGAGGAGGGAACACCCCGCUAGUCCUGAUUUACGUAGCUUCGUUAAAGGUGUUACAGGACGCAGCUCAAGCAAGUCAUAUAGUGUGAAAGACGAAACAAGCAAUGAUAUUAUGGCAGUUAUAAAAUUGGAUAACCAAACCGUAGGACAAACUAGUUGGCGUCCAUGUUCCCAACAAGCUUGGGACCAAAGGUUUUCUAUCGAACUUGAUAAAUCAAGAGAACUUGAAAUAGGCAUUUAUUGGAAAGAUUGGAGAUCUCUUUGUGCAGUCAAGUUUUUACGUUUAGAAGAAUUCAUUGAUGACGUUAGACACGGCAUGGCUCUACAGUUGGAACCACAAGGCCUUCUGUUCGCAGAAAUAAAAUUCCUAAAUCCGAUGAUAUCACGAAAGCCUAAAUUGCAGCGUCAACGCAAGAUCUUUAAGCAGCAAGUGAAAAAUUUCCCAAGAGCAAAUCAAAUGAACAUAAAUGUUGCAACGUGGGGUAGGCUGCUUAAACGUUCGGCGCCUUCAUUGCACAAUUCCAGAAGUUCAGAAAGUCCACCGUCAGGACCACAACCGUUGCAACUUGUAUUUGAUACCUCAGUAGAAGACAAGCCUGAAACUCCCGGUGAAGUGCCUGAUCCAGAAAAAGGCGGAUUGGGUGGUGCACGGCCUUUAGGUAUGUCAACAUCGAGUAGUAGUCCAACUUUACCACGUCCUCCGGAGCAUCCUCCCCCACCGCCACCAACUGCGCCAAAAAAGUCUUCUGCACCUGCACCUACAUCACCUCCUAAAUUGGAUCAAGAGUUACAGAGUGCAUUAAGGGAGUUUGAUUUUCUGCACAACGAGGAAAAGGGCGGGCCUCAGGGUGCAAAUUUGAGGCCCCUUGUGACAGAGCCCCGCCCUGUGCUGAUUGCACCACCCUCUCCACGCACACCCUCGCCCCAACCUGUCGUCGAGUUUCCUGAGGAUGAGGUUGUAUAUGAAAUGCCAGCUAGACCUCUUCAAUAUAGAGAUAGUGCCUAUGAGUCAAGAAGACAUUCUCAGCUCACUGGUAUGACCUUGGAGAAUUUCAGACUGCUCUCCGUACUUGGUCGUGGACAUUUUGGCAAAGUGAUACUGUCGCAAUAUAGAAAUACGGGAGAGUACUUUGCAAUCAAAGCCUUAAAGAAAGGAGAUAUUAUAGCUAGAGAUGAAGUGGAGUCAUUACUUUCUGAAAAGAGAAUAUUUGAAGUAGCAAAUACGACGCGUCAUCCUUUCCUCGUUAAUUUAUUUGCGUGCUUUCAAACUGAGGCACAUGUAUGUUUUGUAAUGGAAUAUGCAGCUGGCGGUGAUCUCAUGAUGCAUAUACAUGCUGAUGUUUUCGGAGAGCCACGCGCUGUGUUCUAUUCUGCUUGUGUAGUUCUCGGAUUGCAAUAUUUACAUGAAAAUCGUAUUAUUUACAGAGAUUUAAAAUUAGAUAAUCUACUAUUAGAUACAGAAGGUUAUGUUAAAAUCGCAGACUUUGGUUUAUGUAAAGAAGGUAUGGGAUUUGGAGACAGAACAGGUACUUUCUGCGGUACUCCUGAAUUCUUAGCACCCGAAGUUCUGACAGAGACUUCUUACACGCGAGCUGUAGAUUGGUGGGGUCUUGGAGUCUUAAUAUUUGAAAUGUUGGUUGGAGAGUCCCCUUUCCCAGGUGAUGACGAAGAAGAAGUAUUCGAUUCCAUUGUAAAUGACGAAGUACGAUAUCCAAGAUUCCUUUCUCUGGAAGCAAUCGCAAUUAUGAGAAGAUUACUCAGGAAGAAUCCAGAAAGGAGAUUAGGUAGCAGUGAAAGAGACGCUGAAGAUGUUAAGAAACAAGCAUUUUUCAGACACAUAGCUUGGGAUGAUUUACUCCUAAGACGUGUGAAACCACCUUUUGUACCAGUAAUUCAUUCAGUGGAAGAUGUGAGUAAUUUCGAUGAAGAGUUCACAUCAGAGAAGCCACAACUAACGCCUCCAAAAGAUCCUCGGCCUCUUAGCGACUUAGAGCAGAGUCUAUUCAAAGACUUUACUUACAUGGCUGAUUGGUGCUAG